CUUGAAGGCCCUGGAGGGGAUGGAGGAGAAGUCGAGCGGGCCGCCCUUGCAGAUGAGCUCGGAGGACAGCACGUUGCCCACGCAGUAGGAGAAGAGGCCGAAGUAGCCGGCCUGCGGGGUGUUCACGCUGUCACCGAUCCAGUAGGGCUGGAUGAAGAGGGCCAUGACCAGCACGGAGAAGCAGAUGGAGGAGAGCGGGGUCACGUGUGGAUAGGACCCCGUUAAAGGCCCCAGCACCCCAGGGAUGUGUGUUCCGCCGCCUUAUCUGCCCUCUGCCGCCCACGCCAGCUGAACCUCUCACCAUGGAGAAGGUCCUUGUCCUGCUCCUAGCCCUUGCUGUGGCCCACGCUGCUCCUGGCCCCCGAGGAUUCGUUAUCAACCUGGAGGACGGGGAGCUCUGCCUGAACAGCAUCCAGUGCAAGAGCAAGUGCUGCCAGCACGACAGCGCCCUGGGCCUGGCCCGCUGCAUCCACAAAGCCAGCGAGAACAGCGGGUGCUCCCCCAAGACCAUCUAUGGGAUUUACUACUUGUGUCCCUGUGAGCGGGGCCUGGUCUGUGAGGCGGACAAGUCAAUCAUUGGCACCAUCACCAACACCAACCACGGCAUCUGCCAGGAUCCUGGCUCCAAGCAGUAAGACCACCACCCGCCCCUGCCCCUCUGCUGGCCGCCACCUCCACCAGUGCCUCUGUACCUAGCCAGGCUCUUGGCCACUAAAGCUGCUGCA